AUGAGGCGCGUGGAGACUGCACUGCUCGCCCUUCUCCUCGUCAUGAUCUUGGCGCGAACGUCUGUCGGCGCCGACGACAGCAACUACACGCCUCGGAGCCAGACGCGGCGGACGGGCGGCAACGAUGACGACGGCAGCACGGACGCGCGGGCUCCGACGCGACGGAUCGUGCGUGGUAAGGACGACGACAAUGACGCUGAUGAGAGUGACGACAACGAUCCUCCUCGCAACGUGGGCCAGUUUAAGGAACUUCCGCUUCCGGACAUUACAGAUGAAACCCUUAACUUGGAUGUUGAUCGUUCGAGAGUUUUGCAGGACGUACAAUGCUGCGACAAAGUACAUGAUACAACAAGCUACAGACGACCUAACUUCUUCUCAUUGAGAACUCGCGGCAAUUUUGGAGUGAGAGAGGCAAUAUCUAACGGGGUAUACGUUACGCCAAGAAUGCAGUCGAUAUUUAAGCAAAUCCAGCAGAAAGCAGCCGAGAAGUUCGGCACCGCUGAUGGCCAGGAAAACAACGAGGAUCCGCAGCGACAAGAAAAGUCGAGACAAGGGAUUCCCGCACCUCUACGUGUGACCUCGGCCGGCGAGUUUGAUGGGCUCAUAGAGGGCGAUAUCCGGAUAAGGGUGACGGAAAUGGAAGAAAUCCUAGAGUCGCUUGAAGAGGAAAGGAGGCGCAAACGGAAGAUAUUUUCUGACAGUUUCAGUCGAUGGGACGUCAGUAACCCAAUAACGUACAAGUUCAAGGAGGAGGCUUAUAACUCCCGGCAAAAAAUAAUGAUCAGACAAGCGUUAGAACACUUGUCUAGCCAAACCUGCAUUCAGUUUAAUGAAGCAGCAAACCCAUCAGGCGACUUCAUCAUGUUUGUCAAAGAGAAGGGGUGUUGGUCGUACGUCGGUCGAAGCGGAGGAGAGCAAUCAGUGUCCAUCGAUGACGGAUGCUUUAGGCUUGGUACAAUCGUCCAUGAAGUCAGUCAUGCGCUGGGCUUCAUCCAUGAACAGAGCAGGCCGGAGCGAGAUGACUUUGUCAAAAUCAUCAAGCAGAACAUCAUGAAUCUACAACAGACCAACUUUCUAAAAUAUCCAGGUUCCGAAACCAGAAACUACGGUGUUCCUUACGACUACACAUCAGUUAUGCAUUAUUCAGGCACGGCAUUCUCGAAGGACCCAUUAGACCUGAACCGUAUAACCAUCAAGACCAUUGACCCUCUCAUGCAGACGCGCAUCGGACAGCGAGUAAAGCUUUCAUUCUAUGAUGUCAAGAUAAUGAACCUAGCCUACUGCAACGGCAGGUGCUCGGGAGGGCUCACCGACGAUUUCUGUAUGAACGGGGGCUACCGGCAUCCCACAGACUGCAAUACUUGCACCUGUCCAACCGGACUGACUGGCGAUAAAUGCGAAGCUACAGUUCGCGUCAAAGAAACGCUUGAGGGUGGCCAGAUUUUAGACAUAAAAACAGACGAGUCUGUGAUUCUCUCUAGCCAACUCCCUGCAGGAAGAACUUCGGAUAUUAUUACCAGCUGGCUACUUCGCGCUCCGAAGGGAGGUACGAUCACGAUAAAGAUGACCGAUAUUGACACAGCGCAUUAUAGCGAUCCAAGAUAUGGCGAUCCAGACUGGAUCGAGAUCAGACACAAGGGAUUAGAUCAACCCGGACCACGGUUUAGCGGGUUUUCCGUUCGUAACAUUCCCCUUCUUACGUCGGAUACGAACGAAGUGCUCGUGGUAGCCGAGACACAUUUCGGUUACGACGCGUCAUUCACUCUAAAGGCUACAGUUACGUGCGACGCCUGUUCAGACGGGACGGCUGCGACUACUACGACGUCUAUCACGGCGUCUAGCGAUACAUGUGAGUGUAGCGUGUGGGGAUCCUACUCAGGCUGCAUCCCAACAAAUCCAUUUGCAAGAAAACGCUGCGGUUGUGGCGAGCAGAGUCGAACUUGCGAGGUGACCUCAGGAGAGUGCAGCGGCACUCCGACGCUGACUGAAACAGUGGACUGCUCUCCGUUCAGAUCGUGUAGAACGCGAAAUCGCGGCCGAUACUGCUGCUCGGGAUGGACUCUCAAGGGCAGAAGAUGUCACAAAAAGAAUUAAGGAUUUCCGUGUAAGAAAUUAUGCUGAAAAAUUUCCGGAAAAGCUGUCAUUGUCAUGAUUAUAUCAACGUAUGUAUGAUGUGACAUUAUCCUGUUUUGACACCAUCAGAGUAGGAUAUUUAGUAUUAUUAAAUUAAAAAGGGUUAUUUUCUAGUUGGGGGUAUAUGGGUAGUUAUUUGUUACAGAUUUUGAAAUUAGGUAGGGAACGAAAGGCACAGUGAAAUCCUAUAUGGUGAUGGCCUAUCAUAAUUUAAAUAUACGCGUAUUUGAUAUUAUAACGAGUAUGUCAAUACAGAAAACAAAUGUGAAAUUAUCCGCGUUGCUACUGCUACUCGCGUUACGCGUAUUCCAUGCAUAAUAUAGCAAAGUAUCACUGAAUUUAAGCAAAAUAUACAUGACGGUAAGCACAAGCUAAGCUAGUUAAAAUAGAGUAACAAAUGAAGCAAUCUCAAAUUAAAUCUCUUAAGGCGCCUAUAAACGUAAUAGGUCUACAUUAGAUUAUCAAGGUACGUUUGGUCUUAAUUGUGCAACUUGUUCUGGAGCUGUUAUUUUGAAGAUAACAUCGUUUUUUAUUCCAAUAUUCAACAUUUUCAAGCACCCCGUAUAUCUAAUAGUGAUAUAGAAGGCAUGUGGGUAUGCGAAGUAAAUAUGUUAUCUCAGGGGUGAAUAAAAGAAACCUGCUUUGAUUUUCUCCUGAUUUUAGCUAUUGAUAGCAAUGUACGUGCUGAAAUGAAUUGUAACUGUUGCUGCAUUGAAUGUUUCUGACACAUCUAGACACACACUCUUCAUUACGAAGAAUAAAUAUAAUUCCGGUUAAAUUAAAAUUUCAAUAAAAAACAAUUAUAAACAUUUAUAUCGAUUACGGAAUAUAUGUACUAAACGUAUCGAUGAGGCGUAGUAUCAUGGGGUAAGAGCAAAUGGUAACCAAUUACCAAUAAUAUGCAAAUAUCAGAGAAAUUAAAGAAAAGUCAUAUUCAUAUGUAUUCUUUAAACAUGCAUGUUACGUUUCUGUACUAAUCAUCGUAGGCGCCAUCUACUGGUCAGUAACAACAGUUCUUGCUUCCCGCUAUUGGUUUUAUUGGGUAGCCGGAGUUCCGUCUUCCCUCGGCUUACGCGUUGCCGUUUCUAACGAGAUAAAGACAUAUGGAAGCUCUCA